GCAAUUAAUUUUUGUGAGCGACGUGGUUUUGUUUUUCUCGUUGCGAUCGGUGUUCAAAACGCCAGUGUUUCUCCACUCCCGAACGAGUUCUUUGAUGGUGGAAUUGUUAUUUUAAUAAUCUGCAAUCUUCAUUAUUGCUGCUGCGGGCGAUUUUAAAAAUUUGGAAAAACAAUGGCAGAAGAAGGAACCAGCAUUUCUCCUGGAGACCUUCAAAAAGAAAUUAAUGAGACAUCCACGCCUGAGGAAAAUGAGGAUUCCUGCAUCUCAGAUGAAACUCAGGUGAAUGGAACUGAGCUUGAGGCUGAUGUGUAUCGCUAUAUUAAAGAUGAUCUUUUUACAUCUGAGAUUUACAAGAUUGAAAUACAGAACCUCCCAAAAUUUGUAAGUUUCAGUGAUUUAAGAAAAUUUCUCAGCAGGAAUAACUUAGUUCCUCACAAAAUCAAACUCUUUGGAAAGCGGCCUUUUGCAUUUGUGACUUUUAAAGAGGAGCAAGAACGCGAUCGAGCAAUGGAGGUCCUUCAGGGGCAAGUUUGGAAAAAUAGGAAUUUGCAUGUCCGAUUAGCAAAACCAAAAGCUGAUCCUAUUGCCAAGAAACGAAAGCAGGAAGGCACUGAGAAUGAUAAUCAUGAACAAAAACGUACUGCUCCAGUGAAUGUUUUGGACAGACCUUUAAGUGAACAAAUUGCUGAUGUGGUGACACCCCUUUGGAACAUUCCAUAUGAAGAACAGCUGAAAAAGAAAGAGCAAAAUGUCUUACAAGUGUUGGCAUUGUUAACUACAGAAAUAGGCACUCAUAAUCGAGCCUUUGUGCCAUGGGUAUUUCAACAGAAAAAGAUGUUUGGUGGAACCUGUUGUCCAUUGGAGGGAGUGAAGCCGUCACCACUGCAGACUGAAUACCGUAACAAGUGCGAAUUUCUAAUUGGCGUUGGAGCAAAUGGAGAAGAUAAAACUAUAGGAUGUCGUUUGGGUAAAUACAAGGGAGGAUCGUGUGCAGUUGUAGAGCCAUUUGAUACUGUUCAUAUUCCAGCCAAAGCAAAGGAGGUUGUGAAGGCAUUUCAGAACUACAUAAGGUUAUCUCCUUAUUCUGUGUAUUGCCCAGAAACGUAUGAAGGUCACUGGAAGCAGUUGACUGUACGCAUUACUAGAGCCAAGCAUAUCAUGGCUAUAAUCUACUUCAAUCCUCAGAAACUAACUAAACCAAAACUACAAGAACUGCAAGGUGAAUUAGCCAAAUAUUUCACAGAAGGUGAUGGGAAGGAUUGUGGAGUAACCUCGCUCUACUUUGCUGAAGAAGGUCAAAGAAAAUCUCCCAACUUGGAAGACUUGCCUUUGGAACAUGUGACUGGAGAGAAGUACAUAUACGAAGAGCUCCUUGGACUUAAAUUCAGGAUUUCUCCUCAUGCAUUUUUUCAGGUGAACACUCAGGCUGCCGAAGUACUUUAUUCAGCAGUUGGAGACUGGGCCAAUCUGGACCAAGAUAGUGUAGUGUUGGAUGUUUGCUGUGGCACUGGAACUAUUGGACUUUCCCUUGCAAAGAGAGUGAAGAAAGUUAUUGGAAUUGAAAUGUGCCAGGAAGCUAUUGAAGACGCUAAAGUGAAUGCAGAGUUAAAUGGUCUGUCCAAUGUGGAAUUCUUGUGUGGAAAAGCUGAAGAUCUCUUUCCCACUGUAAUCAAUUCUUUAACAUCACAGAACUUAGUUGCUGUUGUAGACCCACCUCGGGCAGGACUUCAUUCCAGAGUUGUAUUAGCAAUAAGAAGAGCAGAGCAUCUGAAAAGUCUGAUCUAUGUUGCUUGUAAUGCUCGAGCAGCCAUGAACAAUUUUGUGGAGUAUUCAUGGGCUCUGCUUCCACCACCUUUUCAGGAAGAGUUCCAAAAACUCAGGAACCUAUGUGAGCAAAACAUUUGCCUUCUCUCUCUCUCUCUCUCUCUCUCUCUCUCUCUCUUUCUCGCUCUCUCUCUCUUGAUUUUUAAAGAGUGACCCCUACUUUUCGGUUCAUCUACAAGAGCAAGCAUCUUCUCUACAUCUUCCCUGUUAGGACCCAAUCUAAUCAAUCGUGUCUUCCUCUGCUGGACUUCAGUAAAUACAAGCCCAAGUUGUCCAGUCUCUCCUCAUAAGACAACUUUCCCACUCCAGGUAUUAGUCUGGCAAACCUUCUCUGGACUGUCUCUGAUGCAUUUAUAUCCUUGCUUAAAUAAGGUGCACUGUGCACUCUACUCCAGGUCAAAGUUCCCUCCGGACGUCACUGCCAAGUAUGGACCUCCAAGAGUAUGCUGUCAGAAAGAAAGUUAGAGGGAACGCUGCUCCAGAUCCGAUCUCACCAAUGCCCUGUAUAACUAAAGCAUAACCUCCCUACAUUUGUAUUGGGCUCCCUUUGUGACAAAUAAUGACACUCUAUUUAACAAUCCCUAAUUACUUGUUGUACCUGCAUACUAACCUUUUCUGAUUCAUGUACUCAGGCACCCAAAUCCCUUUGCACCACAGA